AUGGGCCGCCUCCACCAGGCCGACUCCCCCACGUCACCGUCGCACUCACUCCAUUCAUUUGACGACGCGCCGCCUCCAUACACAGAUGACACCGAACCCAUUAUCGCCCCUGACCAGUCUGUCCGACCUAUCCAGUCUGUCCAGCCUGUCCAGCCUCCCACAAGCAUCCGACCGCUCCGUCUAAUCGACUCAGCCUAUGUUCUCCCCGGCGCCAAGAAUGUCAAACCCCACGACAAGGUCGCUCUCACCCUCGACCCAGCACUCUCGAACGACUGCGACGGGCUCUACAAUGUCAUCCGCCGGCAAAUAAAGCUGCCGCCACGCCCACUGCUCUACAUCCAUGGAACCCACACCGAAGCGAGGAAGGACAAAAAGAAAGAGGAAUGCGACACAUGCACAGACUUCCACUUCGCGCUGGAUCUGGCAGAGACCAUGCUGACCGGCUGGGAGGGCGGACACAUGGGCGCGAACUGGAAGGAAGUGGAAAUCCUCACAGAUGAGGACGUCAAACCGGCGUAUCGGGGAGGAAUCCUCCGCUCGCCCACAUAUAAGCCGCCCAAAUCGCGUGCUGCUAUUAGUCUGUCGGGGGAUAGCGAUGCCACCCUAGCCCGAUAUGACGCCGACGAGCAGGAUAGCAGCUCUUUAGACACGAAAGGCCUGAGGAUGUGGUGCGAGCGGUUCUGCCGUGACCCCUCUUCUGUGAAAUCAUUCACUAUGCACCGCAAAGUUAAGGGCUUCAACUCCAACGCUAUGCGUAACGUCCUCUCCUCCCACAUCCGCGAACUCAACUACCACGGCUCCAUAGCCUUCAGUCUCGUCACCGCCCAAGGCUCCAUCACAAUAUACUCUCCGCAUUGGAUCAACCGCCUCCGCACGAACAGUUUCGUCUGGUGGGUUGUCGUCCUUCUCCAGCUCUGGAUUAUCACAUGGCCUGUUAUUUUCUUCGUGGAGAAGAGGUACGAAGUCGUCCACACGCGCUGGAAUGCGUCGCUUGUACCGGAGUCUGACUCUCCGCUGGCUAAGUGUUACGCAUUUGGUCGUGACGAGUCUUCUCUGGCGGAGUACUGGGCUCCGGCUGUUAAGCAGGCGGCUUGGACUCGGCGGCACGGCCAAGGUAAUCUUUUGACGAGGAUGGAUGCGGAUCGCUUGCAGGGGUAUAGCACGCGGCAGUUGCUUGGGCUUCGUGCUGCUAGUUCGGACGCUGAACGCGAGCGCCGAGAGAGGGUUAACAAUGGUGAGGCUGGGUUUGCUGAUAAUAUUGUAGGCCUGGUAAGAGGGCUUGGAGAGGUUGGCCAGGAUUGGAGGUUUUCCGCGGGAUGGGGCGCUAACCGUUUCUGA